AUGAAAAAAAAGGAGAGUCCGCUCUUUGGCAUAGAUAAUCCUCUCUAUAGUUAGAAUAUCUCGUCUCCUCGAUCUUAGGAACUACUACCAAUUUACUCUAAUGAAAAUGAGCAUGAGCAGCCAAUGGAUGAAGCAUUGAAAGAAAAGAGAAACAUUUUCGAAAGAAAUAAUUUUAGGGCAUUGAAAGACGGGCAAAAAUAAGAAAGUUCUGAGGAAGAUCUUUAUUUGAGUAGCGUCAGUGAUAACAGAUUUGAUUAAGAAUCUGUAAAAUCAAGAACAAAUUCCUUAAUUCGCCACUAGAGAAGUGUUAGUAUUUAGAAAAAUCAAAAGGGAAUUUUCAGCCCUUUGUAAAAAGUGAAUACUGGAUUAAUAAUUGAUUCAACAUACAAUUUAUAAGUUUAAGGAGUAAAAUCAAGUUCCAAAAUUGAUAAAUACUAGAGUUUUGUACAAUAAUUUGAAUUGGAAGAAGACAAAAUGAGAAAGAAUAAGGAAUUAAUCUAGCAAAAGAGAAUAGCGGAAUAAAUAAAGGGAAAAUUGGAUUUAAUGAAUGUAUGGGCAGCGAAGGGGUUUAUAAUAAUACGAUUAGUAUCCAGAUUUAUCUAAUAGCUUAAGACAAAAACCGAAACCAUAAAGUUUAGACUGCUAACAAGGAAAAUAUUUUCCGUCAUUGGAGAUGUGUCUAGUAAUUUUGAAUUUAUCUUAAUUUCUCGUUAAAUUAAGUAAUAGCCUAGUUUAUUUUUAAUUUUGAAAUAUAAUUUUCAGAAAAGAGCGACGAGACUACUACAUUGUUUGGAAAAUUGUUAAGAUUUCUUAAGCAGGAAUAUCAUUGUAAUAAGACCAGAUAGCAAAUUCAAAAUAAUUUGGGAUAUUUUGUUAUUGCUUUUCAUUGUGAUGAACAUAUUUUACAUCCCCAUAAACAUCAGUUUCAAUAUUUCAACCUCAGGUGUGUUUGAAUACUUAUUUGAUUUGCUGCCAUCAUGGAUUUUUGUUGCUGAAAUCAUUAUUAAUUUUAAUACUGCUUAUUAUGAUAAGGGAUUAAUGCAUGAAGAUAGAAAGUCAAUAGUGAAACAUUAUUUAAAAGACAAUUUCUUUUGGGAUUUAAUUGUAGUAAUACCAUUUUUAAUGUCUAAUUUGGAUAUACCAUUCGUUAGAUAUACCUUAUUACUUAGAUUGACGAGGUUGGCACCAUUAAUGGAAAGCAUUGAAGAAAUGUUGAAUUUGGAGGAAAAUAUACAAAUUGUUGUUGAUCUUUUAAAACUUAUCUUUUUUCUUGUUUUGACAGGUCACUUCUGUGGAUGUGCAUGGCAUUUUGUUGCCUUAACAGAAUAUGAAUCAUUUGGUAUUACAGAUAAUUGGCUAACUCAUUAUGACCGAUAGGCCUUUGAUUAUCAUUGGUUUGACAGAUAUAUCAUAUCUCUUUAUUGGAGUGUAAUCACAACAGUUACAGUUGGCUAUGGAGAUAUAGUACCUGUCACAACGUUUGAAAGGAUAUUUGUAAUCAUUGUAACGCUAUUGCUUUGUGGAGUGUUCGGUUAUUCAAUUUCAAAUAUUGGCAACAUUUUUAAAUAGAUGUCCGAUAAGAAGACUAUCUACAAAUUUAAACUACGCCAAAUUCAUUCGCAUAUUAGAAAAAGAGGUCUCAAUUUAAAUCUAUCAUUAAAGGUGAAGAAGUAUUUUGAGUACUUUUUCCAACUGGAACAAGAAGAAGACAGCCACGCAGAAAUAUUCAUCAGUCAAUUAACCAAACAUUUAAGAGAGGAAGUGUUGACUGAUUUAUAUUGCAAUACGCUUAAGAAGUCAAGAUUCCUUAGAGAAAACUUUAAAGAAAUAACCAUCAAUAAUUUAUGUCAAUAUGUUAAGGAGAAGAAAGUGUUGCCUGAAGAGGUUUUGUAUUCUCGAUUCGAUCAACCUAGGAAAGUUUGGUUUAUACUUUCAGGAGCCUUGGAAUUUGUAGCAGAUCACAAGAGUAAUUUAAAUAUAUGA